UCUGGUCUAUGUAUUAUUGCCUGCGCUUUCCUGAGAAACACAAUUGCGAUCGGAGUCUUUCUCGCUCUAGCAGGUGCUGGAUUUUCAAUGACCUUCACACCAUUAAACCUCGCACUGAACGACUCCUUUCAAGAACAUUUUGUUUUUUGGAGCACAUUAACUUCAUAUGGCUACACAUUAGGUUCUAUGUUGAUGCCUAUUGUGAUUGAAAAAUCGCUUCAAGCUUAUGGAUACGAAGGUGCCUUCCUCAUUCUCGGUGCUAUUACACUUCAUACACUCGUAUGCGGCGCUGCGAUUCGGAAGGCGGUAGGCAACGGAGAUGCUAGCAGAACUGGCGGAUCCAACAACCAUGGGAAUGCGGAGAGUAAACACAAGCGUGGGAAUGAAAAUGGCGAAUUGAUGAACGAGACGGAUAUGCAUCUUCACUGGGAGGAGGAAGGGAAGACGGAGGAGGAAUCACAGGGGGAGGAACGAGAGGAUGAGAAUUGCAAAGAAACCUGCCAAGAGAAAAGACGGUUGAUCCAAUGCGAGCCUGUCCCUGCCCGAAACGCGCCAGCGGUUCUGUGUCACGGACUACUCCAGGAAAGGAUCUUCGUUGUUUCAAUUCCGAUUGCGUUCUUGAUGAAUUAUAUAAUCUAUGCCUGGAUGCUGUUUCUGGUUUCCCAUGCCGAGGAGUUGGGUAUUCCUCCACCCAGAGCUAUCUAUCUAUCCACAAUCGGCGGUAUAGCUGGCGUGAUUGGUCGCUCCGUCCUCAUGAUCCUCCUCAAACAUGGCGCCAAUGAUUUAGUCGUGUAUAUCAUCGCAGGUACAAUCUGUACUGUCUCCUUGUUGUUGGAUUUCAUCGGCUCCGAUUAUCCUAUUCGGGCUGUCCUGGCAUUUACACAGGGGCUCUGCUUUUUCAUCGAGGACAAUGUGUAUAUCAGCCUGUCCAAGAAAGCGGUCUUUGACGAGGCGAAUUUUGACAUAGCCUUGUCGCUUUACAGCUUCAUGUGCGGAGUCGGCAUUGCAUGUGGAGGGUUAUUGACAGGUUACCUCAUCGAUGUCACCCAAUCUUUUACGAAGGUCUUCAUCAUCAUCGGCUUCAUACAUGCCAUUGCAGUCAUCAAUCUCCUCGUCGUAGUCGUUCUCAUCAAAAGACGAGGCGAAGAGACGAUCAGUAAGCGUGCGUGAAUAUGAACUAAUUUCGGAAGACCAUGGAAAACGGGAUUGAUAUCUUAAAGAGCCAAAUACCUGAAGAAUAUUUUGCCUAUUCGAUUAUUCGAUUGGUAUGUUCGUAGUCAAUGGGUACUGACGUACCAAAGAUUCCG